AUGCUAGACCCUCGCGUUACAGCAACCUGUUGGAUGGUGUUUUCUUUUCUAAUCAAGUUUGCGACCGCCAAACAGUGCACCAAUCCACCUCCUGGGAUACAUAAGAUGGUCAGAGGCGUGGACAUCACAAGGCUUGACCUUGUCCCUCUCGAGGAUUCUGGGAACGAUGGUUUCAUGAGCCCAGUUUUAAACUUUACAUGUGAUGAGACGAGGACUUGGAAGACGCCUGAGGGAAAAGAAUACCAGUUACCUGAUCAGAUCUGGCACUUAUCCUCACACCCAGGAGGCUGGCUCAGUGCUGACGUACACCUCUACAAGUCAUAUGACGACGUCCGGAAGUCAUUGUCUGCAGAAGUCGGUUUAAGCGGGACACUUUGGAAAUUCGCUUUCUCUUCAAGUAAUUCCUUCAAAAAAAUGCAAAACACCAUCAGUAACUCCUCAAGGUACAUUUCAGACCUGGGCACUUUUGAAUCUGCACUGAAAGCUGAAUUCAAGCCCAGCUGGGUGGUUGGUAUGGACGUCUACGCCCAAAAGUUCGUCGACAAUUUCCUAACCGGAACGUUUGAAGCGAACCCCAGUGGAUAUAAUCGAUUUAUCACUAAUUUUGGGACACAUUACUUCACCAGAGGAAAUUUCGGCGGCUUCAUCCGCGACGUUAUAGAAACCAGGUCGGACUACUUUUACUCAAGAUCCGAUCGAGAAGUUGAAUCAAACGCCAAAGCUUCAUUUUUAAACGUUAUGUCGGUAACCGGAAGUUUUGGGAGCAGCAGUCAGAGAGUGGACCAGAACUUCACUAAUGCCUCCACGCACAUUGUUCGUUACUAUGGAGGAAACACUAAUCUCUUGGCGCAAAAUGGCGUGUCAGAAUGGCAAACUACAGUGGACCUCGACCCUUGGCUUUUCUCUGGUGAACUUAAACCUAUAAGUGAUUUGAUUUCAGAUGAGACCAAGAAACAGAGCAUGGAAAGAGCUGUUGAAAAUUAUGUUCUAAGAAGCUAUCUAGGAGAGCUGGAAAGAAUAGUUGCUUCCGCGAGGUCAAAGGCUAACGAUCCUGUUUUGAAUGGUCUUGAAGCGAGGGUUAUUAAAAUGAAAAGUGUUCCGGUUCUUGAUUUAGAAGACGUGGAAACGUUAAGUGGUGACAUCCAAAACGAGAUUACGGCGCCCACUUGGUUUACCAUGAACACCAAACUGUGCUUCAAAUGGUGGGCUACGCACAUUGGGACUCAAUGUGGAGGGGGCGCCGAUAGCCUUCUGUGCGCAACGCCAAACAGCAUGACCCCUUUCUACCAGGACAACACGGACGACAGGGCAGGCGGCUGCUGGAUGCAGUGGGGCAUUCACUCCAAUGGUUAUCCUUCUUGGUUCGAGGAUGUCCAAAUCUGCUACAGGUGGGAAGGUGACAAAAGUUUCUGCGGCGGUGGAGCGGAUAAUUUGCUCUGCUCUGGCAUAAACAAUUUCACAUUAAAGUACUUAGAUGAUACAGACGAUCGCAAAGGAGGCUGCAUCAUGUCUUGGAAAUUAGUCGUGCCAGACUCGGUACCGCUCUGGAUGAAGCUAGUCAAUCUUUGCUUUUUUUGGUAUCCAGAUGGUACUGCGGGACAGUGUGGACAUGCAUCUUCUAGGCGGUUAUGCGCUGUAGCCAAUCAGUGGACAGAAAAAUUUAUGGAUGACACAGACGACCAAGUUGGCGGAUGUAGAAUGAGCUGGGGACUUAAACUCAUGUUUCAAUGAUUGCUUGGUUUGUGGUCUACUUACAACUUUAUCAUUCUAUAAAGAAAUUCUGGUAAAACUGAUGGGGAAAAUAUUGUUGUUCUUUUGAAUUUUUGUCUUUUAAAAAAUACAAUUAAGGUUUUCAGUAUUUAUACACUAAUUAAUUAUUUUUAAAAAUGUGUUCAAUCGCAUGAUUAUCAGGAAAAUACAUUAGCAUCAGUUACUGGUUUUUUGGCGUUUACAUGUCAGUAUUUUGGAAUAUAUGCUUUUUUUUGUAAAAACUUUCAUUCUAACUUUAAAUCUGCGACUGGACACCAGCUUUCUAUGUUUGAUAUCGAUUUCUAUUUCAUUUGCAGUCUUUUUUUUUUACUUCA